CCUCCCUACCUCCAUCUCUGAAAAUCCGUGUAUUCGAUUUCCUUUUCCAUACCUCCGUUGGUAAUUUCUCUCUCCUCUCUCUCGAUUUCAUUACGGUAACAUUUCAUUUCUCAAAAACCCUAAUUUCCUCACAGUAUUUUGCCCUUUUAUUCUUUCUGUUCUGAUAGAUUCGGAGUAGUUUGAUUUCUAGGGUUUCUUCUCGAAAUCUUUACGAAUUUUCCGCUCUGGUGGGUCUGAUGAUCUCUUUUGGUAAAUUCGAUUGAUUUCUAGGGUUAUUAUUGUAAUCUUCAUCAUGGAAAUGAUUUUAUAGGUUUUUUUUUCGUUUUUUUGUUUUUCCAGUCACGACUCCAAUUCCAGGCUCUUCCCUAAAAAAAUCACUGCUUUUUGAGGGUUUUCUUUGCAAGAUUUCAUUUUCUUCUCAUCUCAUGGUUUUGAUUUCGAUCGAUGGUUAGUCCAUAGAUGGGAACGAUUUCCAGGGCUUUUUCGGUAUUCUUGACGAGAAAUGGGUGCCCUAACAGAGAAUCGCAAGCGCUUUAUUGACAAUUUCAGCUUGAGCCCUGCGUUCGCUUCUCCUUAUUUUUCCAAUCCAGAGUUCGAAGUUGACCUUCCGCCCUCAAAAAAGCUCAGAAUUCCGUCAAUGCCAUCUGUUCCUGACGGACCCAGUUCAUCUGAGGCCCCUGGGUGUUCGAACUCUAGGCUCCGCAGCUGGCCGCCACCUCAGCCUUUGAGCCGAGCCGUGCAUGCCCCACAGAGAAGUUCAAAGUUCUCCCGGCCUGCAAAUCCGGCAAAGAAGUCCCAGACGGAGGGGAGUGGCAUCGGUGGUGUAAUGGGGCUUUUUCAUGGUGUGAAUCGUGUGAUGGCCCGUUUUGGUCAAUGGUGGUGGAGAAAGGGUGAGCCGGCAGCUGAUACUGAGCGGUUGAGUAAAGACAAUUACCAGAGACUGGUUGAAGUGCAAGAAGGUCAUUCGAUCGUUUCGGACCCGGCGAGUGGCGAUGUGUGUUUUCCAGAACCAAAGGUCCCGGAUUCUCUUUUCUAUCCGUCGCCCUCGGCUGUGGUAUCUGAUUUGACAGGUUUGACCCCAAUAGCUGAGAAAGGGAAAACAGUAGAUAUUACCAAUUUGGUAAACCAUGAAGUGGAUGAGACGCUGGUUGGGAGGCCACCUGCCUACAAAGAACUGUACGAGUCCUCAAAGAAACGGGAUCCAAAAUUGAUUUCAUUGGAUUUUGAGCUCAGGUUAACGGAAAAGAAGAUGUCUUCAUUCAAGAUUGCAAGCCAGGCACAGGAAGUAAAAGAGGUUGUAGGUCGCGAUGCUUUUGUCGCUCUUACAGAUGAGGAAGAGGUUGCCGUUUACGAUGCUUUGUUUGGUCCCAAUAGGCGAGGAGUCUUAGUUACACAUGCGAAUUCUAAUAUUGUGAUAACCAAAGAGAAGUUGAUGUGCUUGAGACCUGGUGAAUGGUUGAAUGAUGAGGUCAUAAAUCUGUAUCUUGAAUUAUUGAAGGAGAGGGAAAAAAGGGUACCAAAGAAGUUUUUGAAGUGCCAUUUCUUCAACACUUUCUUCUUUAAAAAGCUUGUUAGUGGGAAGAAUGGUUAUGACUUCAAAUCUGUCAGACGAUGGACUACCCCAAGGAAGAUAGGGUACGGCCUUAUUGAAUGUGACAAAAUAUUUGUCCCGAUACACAGAGAGGUGCACUGGUGCUUGGCAGUUAUUAAUAUAAAGGACAAAAAAUUCCAAUACCUUGAUUCGCUUGGAGGCAAAGAUGCCCAAGUGCUUAAAGUACUGAAUGGAAGCUACAGAAAUUUCGGUGGUCUAAACUCUUUAGAAAGGUUUCAGGCUAGAUACUUUCUGGAUGAAGUAAAGGAAAAGAGUGAAAGGGAUGUUGAUUUACGUUCAUGGAAGCAAGAAUUUGUCCGUGACCUUCCUGAACAGCAGAAUGGGUGGGACUGUGGCAUGUUCAUGAUUAAGUAUGCAGACUUCUACAGCAGAGGUUUAGAACUUUGUUUCUGCCAGGUAAACAUGCCCUAUUUCAGGAAGAGAACGGUGAAAGAGAUUUUGAAUUUGAGAGCUGAAUGAUCCAUGAGAUGUGUCAGAUUGAUUUCAAGCAAUGCAAUGUACAGUAGCAGAUGGCUGCAUACUUUGUGGGGCUUGUAGAGAUGGCGUGGCAUUGAGAGAUUCCCCAGGCUUUCCGAGAGGCGGCCCUUUGGCACUUCCAUAACUAAUGGAUGGAUUUGCAGUGGAGAACAUUGCUGUUCUGGCAUGCGAAUGCAGCUCCCGAUUGAUCUAAACCGGCUCAUCAAGAUCUAACCAGAACUAGUUUUUGCCAGCAUAGAGCCCAACCGUGCACGAUGGGCAAACUGUGACAUGGUGGCUCCUGUAUACUACACAAGAUUGAACAGGUAAGGUGUGAUUGGCAGAGGGUGGUGGGUGCCCAGGUUGGGUGUUUUGGUAGGAUAAAGUACAUCAUUUCUUUCCGAGUUUCUCAUAGAGUUAUGGUAGUUUUUAGCCACUGUUGGUACAUUUCAAUAGCAGUGUAAUCUAUUCAGAGUUGCAAUGGCGUGAAUGCUUUUUUGUGAUCAUGUGGUUUGUUUGACUCAAACUUUGCUGAUCUUCUGGCCAUCAAUGGAAAUAGAGGAUUGGAAUCCAACGUACACCAACA